GCAGGCGCGGGGAGGGCGCUGGGCGCUCGGAGAACUACAUUUCCCGUGAAGCUCUGGGCGCAGCCCGCGGGGCCGCCGGGAAGGGUCGACGUGCGCCUAGCCAGGUCCUCAGCAGCCGGGAUGGCGACAGGUCAGCGAGUCUUUGCGCUGUCCUGCGUGGUACAGCAGUAUGCCUGGGGGAAGACAGGCUCCAGCAGCGAGGUGGCGCGGCUGCUGGCCAGUAGUGACCCCUCGGUCCAGAUCUCCGAGGACAAACCCUAUGCCGAGCUGUGGAUGGGGACACACCCCCGGGGGGAUGCCAAGAUCCUGGACAGCGGCAUGAUGCCAAAGACCCUAGGUCAGUGGAUCGCCGAGAACCAGGACAGCCUGGGCUCCAAGGUGCGGGCCACCUUCCACGGCCAGCUGCCUUUCCUCUUCAAAGUCCUCUCGGUGGAGACGGCUCUGUCCAUCCAGGCGCACCCCAACAAGGAGCUGGCUGAGAGGCUGCACCUCCAGGCUCCCCAGCACUACCCCGAUGCCAACCACAAGCCCGAGAUGGCCAUUGCCCUCACUCCCUUCCAGGGCCUGUGUGGCUUCCGGCCAGUGGAGGAGAUUGUGGCCUUUCUGCAGAAGGUUCCCGAGUUGCAGGUAUUGACUGGCGAGGCGGAGACUACGCAGCUGCAGCAGAGCGUGGACCGAGGGCCCCAGGCUGUGGCCUCGGCUCUGCGAGGCUGCUUCUCCCAGCUGAUGACCAGUGAGAAGAAAGUGGUGGUGGAGCAGCUCAAACUGCUGGUGAUGCGUGUCUCCCAGCAAGUGUCUGCUGGGAACCACAUGAAGGACAUCCACGGGGAGCUCCUGCUGGAGCUGCACCAGCAAUACCCGGGGGACAUCGGCUGCUUUGCCAUCUACUUCCUGAACCUGCUCACCCUGCAGCCCGGCGAGGCCAUGUUCCUGGAGGCCAACGUGCCCCAUGCCUACCUGAAGGGAGACUGUGUGGAAUGCAUGGCAUGUUCAGACAACACCGUGCGUGCCGGCCUCACGCCCAAGUUCAUCGAUGUGCCCACCUUGUGCCAGAUGUUGAGCUACAGUCCCAGCCCCAGCCGGGACAGGCUCUUUGCUCCAACACGGAGUCAGGAAGAUCCCUACCUCUCCAUUUAUGACCCCCCGGUGCCAGACUUCACUGUUAUGAAGAUGGAGGUCCCUGGCUCUGUCUUGGAGUACAAGGUGCUGCCACUGGACUCUGCCAGCAUCCUCCUGAUGGUGCAGGGGACGGUGAUGGCCAUCACACCCACCGCCCCAGCAGCCAUUGCCCUGCAGCGCGGUGGGGUGCUCUUCAUUGGGGCCAACGAGAGUGUCUCCCUGCAGCUUACCGCACCCAAGGACCUACUCAUGUUCCGGGCCUGUUGCCUGCUGUAAGAGCUGGGCACCCUCGGGCCCAGCCCAGGCCCAGCAUUGGACUGCAGACAUACCCUUCCUGAGUAAGAGUAGAGGGGGUGGGCUUGUUGUAGGUAGCGAAUCUAGAGCAGCCUCAGGCUGGCCACCUUUAGGGAGGAGAACCCCAUGUGCCACUUGUUAGUCUCACCAACAUCUGGGCCAGGCCUCAGCUCAGAAGGCAGCAGGCCUGCCCUGGCCUACAGUCAGGCUCUGGGUCAGCCUCUAAGGACAGUUGUCACUGUGGAGAAGGGGGAGCUGGCGGUGUGCUGCCUGCCCCAAGCAAUUAAAGGCCACCUGUGUGAGUGG